AUGAUGGUUUGGAGUGACAAAUAUAAAGAGGCCGACUUCCUUGGCUGGUCCAAUGCUUUCAGGGAAGAAUGCAGCACUCUCUGUCUCACUUGCGGAGAUACUGCCCUCACUACAAAUGAUUAUGAUAUGGCUAUUGAACUAUACUCAGUGGCUAUUGGCCUGGAUUCUGCGACUGAUGUCAUAUUUGAAAAUUGCAGCAAGGCAAAGUUGGGGAAAAUGCUAUGGAUGGAUGUACUUCUGGAUGCACAGAAGGUCAUCCAACUCAACCAUUUGUCUCAUAUGGGAUACAACACUGAGACACAAAAGUUGUGCCAGCAGUAUCUUAGUCCAUCCGAAGCAGACUGUGUUAUUCAACAAGUCAUUGAUGCUCAACUUGAUAAUCCUUCACUGCACGUACUCGACACCAUCACGGGACUCCUGUGCAAAAGAGAGGCGCAGAUAUGCACCUUCAAAUUGAGCAUAGAGUACAUGGAACUCUUGUCAUCAACAAUUACCUAUCAAGAUAUCCAGGUGAAGCACAUUAAGGAAGUGGUGAAGAAGUACUUCCAAUAUGCCAUGCUAUCGCACAGGUUGGAUCCUGUUGGUAGCAUCAAGAAGUUGCAGUCCUUCUGCAAAACUGCUCGUGAUUUGGGAUACCACUGGGCAUGGAGCGAUACAUGCUGCAUCGAUAAGAUCAACAAUGUUAAGCUUCAAGAAUCAGUCAACUCCAUGUUUGUCUGGUAUCACCACUCUGCGCUCAUGGUCAUAUACCUCUUGGAUGUUCCACCUUCGUCAAAGCCUGAUGCGCUGGCAAGGAGCACUUGGAACACAUGCGGAUGGACGGUUCAAGAAUUCCUCACUCCCAAUGUCAUUAUAUUUUAUCAGAAGGAUUGGACUCCUCAUCUUGGUGAUCACACUCCUAACCACAAAGUGUCACAACCCAAUAACAAAUUAACACUGGGCAGAGACUAG